UAAGACCCACACACAUUUUCCACAUAACGCUGGAGGCUGUGUUAUCACAGGCCGCUCGGUGGGAGACACACCCUGCGAUCCGGAGGAGAGGAGGCUGAACGGGGCCAGCUGAUGGGGGGGUGAGGAAGGGACGCUGCAGCCAUAGGUGUGUGUGAUGUUUGAACCCUAAAUCAGUUUCAGCGUAAUGCGGGUUGCAGCAGACAUGGCAAUCAGAGCCAAACACUGGACUCCUGAUCUCCAGUGACCCGUGUCACCAUGCCAACUCCUAGGAUCCUCACAGCAACCGGGAGUCCUCGGAGAAGUUGCUAGGUUUACAGGCGCAUUUACAUCCAUGUCAGCUACAUAAAGCGGAUCCCCUUGAGUACUGAGAGAGAGACCAAGAGGCAAAUAGGGAAUCUAGAUCAUGACAUGUUAAAGAAACCUUUUCUGAAUUUUAUUUGGCUACAUUUUUUGUUUCAGAGAUGGUUUGCCAGUGGAAUCCACUGCUGAUUUUUAUGUUGCUGCUGAAGACAGGGCUUGUGGGUGGAUGUGUGUGUCCAGCAGCCACCAUUUUGUCCCAGUUUCCAUCUGAAGCUCCUGCUGGUGUCUGUUGCCUGAACUACUCUGGUUCUGCUUUCAGCCACGUGCUCUGGUCUGUGUUUACCAAUGAGACAAACGUAGAAACCCUUGACCUCUCUAACUGUAAUAUUAGCUUUGUUGAUACGAGUGGUAAAGAGACCUCUACGCUGCAGAAGGUUUACUUGAAUCACAAUAGACUAAAGGUGUUACCAAAGAAUUUUCUGGCCAGCCACGCCAGCUUAAUCGAGGUGGAUGUGAGCGGGAACCUGCUUCAGGAGCUUCCUGAGGGUUUCCUCCAGGACUCAGACAGCCUACAGGAACUGUAUCUUCAGGGAAACCAGCUACACUUCCUCCCUGGGUCUCUGCUGCAGAUGCCCAGUUUGCAAAGGCUGGAGCUGGAUGGGAACCCCUGGGAUUGCUCCUGUUUGUUUUUAGAAAACCUGGAGGAAGGCAGGAAGGCUAAUUGGACCACUAAGCUAAAGGAGCUGGUUGGAAACUUAACCUGCUUCUCUCCCAGUCACCUGGCUGGCAUGUCUGUGUGGUCAGUAAGGCUUAGAGAUGUGUGCCGCCCAGCUGGCCUAACAGCACUUUUCAUCGUGCUUCCCCUCCUCAUCCUUUCCACUUUGGUGCUGUGCUGGUGCUGUGGGAGGAAGAAGAAAGAAGCAUCUGCCUUCAGCGCCUCAAAAAGGAGAGCGUCCGGCUCCAGUUGCAAUGGCCAGAAACAUCGCAACAAGCAACCAGCUGCAGCCACCGAGCUGAAUAAAGCUGGAAGCUGUGGCAGUGAGGAGAUCCUGAAGAACCAGCUGCUGCUGUGCCCGUCAUCCACCCUCCUGGGCAGCACCAGGGACAUCUGUGAAGAAGUUGAGAUCAAGCUGGGCUCAGUGGACUCUCUUCCCCAAGUUUCCUCACGUUGUUCCAGCUCCACAGAGGAGAGACUGGGUUCCCAGGAGCCCAACAGGGCCAGUAAGAUGGAGCUGGACACAGUCAGUGUGACAGAAGUGAUGAAAGACUCAGCUGACAGGGAGAAGGUGUAUCUGACCCAGUCCACUGAAUACUAUAGCCUGGUGCCAGGUAUUGAGCUGGAGGACUCUGAUCAUGGCGAGUAUGAGAAUGUCAGCCUCUCAUAACACCAUCUUAAAGGAAUAGUUUUUUUUUUUAGCUUUUUUUUUUGGUUUUUAAUUUUUGGGAAAUAUGCUUAUUUGCUUUCUUGCUCAGAGUUUGAAGGGAAGACCAGUUUCACUGUUUAUGAAACCUGUCACAAACAACUUCUGUCGAAGUCGGUGCCAGUUUGAUUAGAAGGUUUCUGUAAUACUGUUUUGUUUGUGCUCUUCUCACGAGUUUAAAGAUGCAAAAGAUGAGCUUUUUAUUACAAAAAUAACUAUAUAAUUAUGUUUUGUCUGCAGUUCCCCUUUAACAAUAAAACCUACAACAGCUAAUCAGUUAGCAUGACCCGGACCCAGAUAAGUGGAAAAUGUAUGUAUAGAUUAAUCAAUUAAAAUAAUUUACUAUCUGCUGUUGCUAGGGGUAGUGAUAGUUUUUGCAACAGAUCUGGUGGUACUGACUGAAAACGUGACCAAAAAGCACUGAACAUCCUCCUUCAACACAAUCCACCGUCAAAACCAACCCACUUUAAGUUUAUAGAUAUAAAAUCUCCCAAAGGCCUGCAACUGCACCAUCAUUGCCAUUAUUAUCAUUAAUCAUUCCUACCUAUGUCAAGCAGGGGAAAAUAUUCAAGACCUAAAUGAAAUGUGCAGCUUUUUAGUAAGGCCUCUUUUGAGAGAACUGAAUUCAAAGUUUUUAAGGCUUUUAAAGACAUCAGGUGUAAUUUAAAAAGUUAUCAAAAAGGGGGAAUUCUGAGUUACUGUACCUAGUUUGCUAGUGCUUGAGGUAAAUUUUUAAUUGUAGAUGGACUUUGUUUCCUCCUGCUUCUAGUAAUAACGCUAAUAACCUCCAGCAGUGUGCUUAAUGAACAGAGAUGAGCGUUGCAUCAAUCCCAUCUGACUCUCAGCAAGAAAGUGAAUUUUCCAAAAUGCUGAAUUAUAUGUUUUAAUGCACAGUUACAGAAAAGGCCUGUUAUCUAUCAACACAGAAACUGUGGCCUGACUGCUGUUGUAUAACAAUGCAAGAGGAAGUGAUGUAAUCUGGAGCUCUUCCUGUGGGAUUUGUGGAACGCAGUGAGAGGGAGGCUCACACUUUUUUCUUUGGAAAAAAAAAACUGGCAAUUGUAAUUACACAAAUUUAAUUCAUGCUUCAUGUUGUUUUCAAGUCUACAAAGAACAGGACAUUUUUAUUACCGUUAUUGCUUAGUCCAAGCCAAGCAAGCUUUUGUACAGUAUGUAUUUCCUUUACCUCACAUACAUCACAGUUAAGCAAUGGUUAAAGAACAGAUUCUUAAGCUUUGGGUCACAAACUACAAUGUGUAUACAGGUAGCAAAAUGCCAGGCCAGUUAGAUUUUAGAUAAAAGUCUCUGUAGUGAGCUGAGAUGCAGAGCAUGUCUGCAUGUUACAACCUAACGACACUGGAGAGGAGACCUACACAAAGGACAAAACUGAAUACUGGGGUCACUGUAGAGGUGCCGAUUGUUAUCUAGGAUGUUGGAAACAGACAGAUGUCUUACUGUCGUACUUGUUGCCUUUGAAUCCUAAAUAGUUUGUGUGAGCGAGGGAGGAGCGACAGCUGGGAAGCUUCCUGGAGGUUUUAACAUAUUUUACUUUAAAACUUUAUUUAUCACCAUUUUAAGGUUUACUGCUUUCCAAAUGCCAAAAGGUCUUCAGUCAAAUGGCAGACAAAAGAGUGAAUAUUGCAUUUUGUAAUUUAGUACCAUUUCUGCACAGAAAAAUAAUGUAAACAGGGCUGUGGAUGGAGACACUGAGGUCACAUCCUAAGUUUUGUCUUGAUUUCUGCAUGUUUUGUUGGACAUUUUGGGGGGUUUUAGGAGCCUGGAGGCAGUUUACAGUCUCUAGUUGACUGUUCAUUAUACCCCAACCCUGAAUAAUCACUGUCUAGUCAUCUUAGCGAUUGUAACACAGCCCUGUCUGGACUUUCAAGUGUUGUCCAGGGGUUGUAAUGAUUGAUGCCAAGCCGGUUAGAUCUACACGCUGCUUAAACUGAUAUGUAGAGAGUGAAAAUCAAAUACACAAGAGCAAAGGUGCAAGGAAUGGAGUAAAUGGGUUUAUUUACUCUAAUCUAAAACUGCAUUUGUUAGUAUGUCCAGCUAACUGGCUUACCAAUAGCACAGUGCUACUGCCACGCUCAUGACAUUGACUAGGUAAUAUUAGUUUGUGCGGUCACACACUAUGUAAAAACAAGAAGACACAAAGACAAAACAUUAAUGAAUACCACACAGCAUAGUAUUUCUCUGCUAAGCACUGGUGGCAAGUUAGUCCUCAUCCUAAAGCCUCUUCUCUCAUAAUGUUACAUACUGUUUGAAAAUACCAACAAAUAUACUAAAGAUGAGACUAAAAUAACAGAUUCAUCUUACAUUUUUGCUUAUUCUACUAUACUAGCUAGUUCUAAUCACGAUUAAUGCUUCUUUAUUCUUUAGCUUUAGCCACAGUCUUCAAACACCAUAUUGUAUCAUGUGUGUAGCCACCAGUUGUGUUUAAAACCCUUUAACGUGUUCUGGGACCCAGUGAGCUGGAAACAUGAACGUGUCGGCUGGAGACUGUGUUUUCAGUCAAUGCAUGGAGCCACUGUAUCAUGUGCUGCUGUGUCCGAAUGGAAAGCUUGACAAGCACAGCAACAACUAAGGGAACAGGUCUGAGUGAACUGUCAAAUGAAACAUUACACAUAUUUAAUGGGAAAUUUUGAGGUUGGGUGAGUCAAUAUGUUUAAAUUUCACUACUUUUACACCAGAAAAAUAAUAAUAUAAACACUUCUGCAAUAAAUGUUGCUAAAUAACAGCAGCAGC